GCAGACCUUAUGCUCACCGUAGGAAAUGAUAUCUAUCCAUGUGUUGUUUUAGGAACCAUCGAUGUUGCUUUAUGAUUCGUGCACCUGUUUUAUAGGACAUCGACCAGGAUUGGGCCCAUAGCCCAACUUGACCCAACCUGUUAGUCCGCUUUGUAACCGCAAACCCGGCCCAAUUCGUACGCCUUUACCCUUCUCUCUCUCUCUCUCUCGCUUCCGUUGGAGGCAGCGGUGACCAAAGGAGCGUCGAACCACCGCGUCUGUCUCGUCGUCCCUCCGCCUCGGCAUUCCCACCCGAAACUCUAACAUUCAGGUCCUUUCGAUCGAUAGAAAACAUCGGGGCUCGGAUCGAUCCGUUUUCUUCUCCCUACCGGAAUUGUUGUCGUUAUUUUUCUGUAGAAAAAGGAUAUUCAGAAUAUGGCUAUUGAUGAUCAUGAUGGCAACUGUUUACAAGAGGAUGAAUCAUUAAGUGAAGAUAGAAUAAAUGGAGGAAAUGGAGCUGAGGCUCUAACAAGAGUAGAACUUGAUGUGGCGUAUUCUUCUGAGAAGCUACUGAACUUGGAGAUGCUCUUGAUGCAAGUGGCCGACAGAGCGCAUGACAUUGAAAGUGUGAACAUGGGAUAUGAGGACAUCUCAGAUGAAUCUGUUACGAAGGCCUUCGAGUCUGAUAUCCUAUCUGGAAUUUUAGACAUGGAGGUCAAUGAACUACAAAGCUUCAUGUCCUUGCUACAAAUUGAAAUCAUGGAGGCCCGCCAAAAUUUUUGUCAGGGUGAGCACAUGGAAGACUGUACUGCUACAGUAGAAGAAAAGUUACAUGAUGCUGAAGAAUCAGUGAAGAAGCUACAAGACUCAGUUGCUGACAUUCGGGAACAGUCAUCCAAGUUUGAAAGAACUCUAGCUUUGUUUCAUAAUGAGACCAGGUCUGAUGAGAAUGAGGAACUUGAGAAUGAUCAUUUGACAUCCAUCAAGAAACCACAGACUGUUGAUCAACAAAGGCAUGUCUUACAAAUGUUGGAAAAAUCAUUGGCCAGAGAAUUGGAUCUUGAAAAGAAACUUUCAGAAUAUAGAUCAAAUGAAGAGGAUCUUAAGAUAAAACUGCAUUACACAGAAAGAGAGCUAUACUGCAUGGAAGAGUUGAUGGAGAUAUGUUUGGAGAGAGCAUUUGAGGCUGAGAACUCUGCAGAGCUACUUCAGGGUAUUGCAAGAGAACUGGCUGGAAAACUUCAACUUGUUCAGCUUAAUCUGAACAGUUCGCUGCAUCGAGAACAUGAAAUGAGAUUUAAUCUUGAGGAAAAUAUGAUGCAAUUACCUACUGAAGAAGCUGCCAGAGAGAGGCUGACAUCUAGUCAUGCAGAAUUGAAUGAUAUGCUUUCAUCAAAGGAAAAAGGUCUAAAAGCAAGUGUUAUGGAAGCUGAAGAAAAAAGCAUACUGACCAGUGCAGAAAUUUUGUCUCUGAGGGAAAAGGUGAUGGCACUUGAGGAGCAGCUUAGGGAGUCUAACGCCCAGUUGCAGCUGGCAAAGACUUCUGCAGAAACCAGUCAGCAACAACAGAGUACACUGCAGUCUGAUCUCUAUCAGAUGGAAAAUGUAAUGGAGGGUCUCAAAGGUAAUGUUUUGAGAGCUGAAAGCAAGGCUGAAAGUGCAGAAGCCAAGUAUACUGAAUCGAGAAAAUCUAAUAUUGCUUUAAAUGAAGAGAUUGUUUUUCUUCGAAAUAGUGAAUCUGAAAAGAGAAGCCUUUUAGAGAGGAGAUACAAGGAAUCAAACACUCAGUUGGAGCAUGCAAAGGCAUCUGCUGAAGCACUUGAAGAGCAGCAGAAUGUGUUAUAUGCUGCAAUUACUGAUAUGCAAAGUAUGAUCGAGGAUCUUAAAGCAAAGGUUUCAAAAGCCGAAAGCAGGGCUGAGAAUGCUGAAUCUAAGUGCACUCUAUUAACUGAAACCAAUUUAGAACUAAAUGAAGAGCUGGGUUGCCUAAGAGGAAGGUUGGAAUAUUUAGAGACAUCAUUGCACCAAACCGAGGGUGCAAAAAUAGCCACCGCUAAAGACAUUGGUAUUAGGACAAAAAUUAUUAGUGAUCUGGUCAUGAAACUAGCCCUGGAAAGAGAACGUCUUCAGUUACAGAUAUCUGCCUUAACGAAAAAGAACAAAGUUCUGCUUGAGAAGUGUAAAAGAAAGGGCGAUGCCCACAUUCCUAAGAGUUACAAGGGACCUCAGAAUGGAACUGAACUUGGGUUUCCAAAAUCAUCUAUAGAUGCAUUGACAGAGUCUUCAGCUACAGAUUUUCAGGUGGGGGUUAUUGGUUCUCCAAAAUCUGUGUAAACAUUGAUCUUUUCAUUCUAGUAGUGACUGAGAAACACCCUGGCCACUGAUUUUUUUUGUCAACUAUUAAGAAAACUAGGGUUUUGUUGAUGAUUGUGUGUGGAAUAUGAGUUUUUGUUAGACUUGUAUAUUUUCAUGAUGUAGUUUGCCAGCAUGUAUCCAAUGUCUGUAUAAAUUAGAGAUGAACACAUUAUGUAUGAAGAUGCAUGUUAAUUUUGCAGAACAGUGUGUCUGUUGUGGGGCUACAUGUUCUUGAAAAUGCCAUAACUAUUCCGAUCA